AUGGCACCGGAAGUGCAGGUUGGUGACAGAAUAAAGAGUAAAUUGGGUGACUAUGGACUUGACGUGGUCAUGAAAUCAGCUUACCAUAAUCUAUCGCUUGACCAAUGUAAAAAUAAGUGCAGUAAUAUAUAUGAUGAUAUAAGCGAAACUUUCUUCAAAUGGGCUAAGGAUCUAUGGGACUAUGAAUAUAACUUUAGUACUUUGGAAGGGCGCCAGGACUGUAGUGGAUAUACCUCUAAUCCUGAAUAUACUGAGCAAGUAGUGGCAGCGCAGAACGCAUAUUCACAGUUAUGUAAAAGAUGUGAUGAUGAAGAUAGUAGUGAUAGUUAUUGUAUGAAAUUUAAAAGGGAACGUAUAAGUAAGGGAAAGUGCACAGCUGGGGGGCCAACGGAAUUAAACUGUAAAAUAACACUGGGACCGGUGGACCAACCAUCUGAGGAAAUAGAUAAGAAUGCAAACCGGGUUCGGAGCCUGAGGGAACUGAGGAAGAACCUGGAGAAGUUGAAGAAUCAAAUGCCGUGCAUAUGCCGGAAACUAUACGUGCAGUAG